AUGGGCACCCGGCGACGCCGUCUGGUCGUGGCAUUUCCAAGGCCCAAGGAGACCCGGUGUUGCCUGCCGGGCAUGGUGGUGGAGCCCUCCGGGUCGGGCCUUGGCCUCCUGGAAAGUCCACCCGCCCAGCACGGGGACGUGCCUCCCUGCCCCAGCAUCCCGCCAGCCUUCCGAGCGCGACACUCCUUAGAGGCUGUCCAAGGAGUUGCCUUCAGACCCCACACUCCGGACUCUGAACGAGAUCCUCUGCCCACUGUGGCUCGUGGAAACUCAACAGCAUCCUCGGCCACCACCUUCAAGGUGUCUUGGGGCAUGGGCCAGAAGAGAGCGGCCCUGAUCCUCUGCCUCGUGGUCCUCAUCGUGCUGCUCGUUGGCCUCAUCCUGCUGUUCUUGUUCUGGAGGUCCAGCACGGGCAUCGUGUACAAGGAGCCGGAGGAGAGCUGCGGGGACCAUGCGGUGCGCUGCAACGGGAUCGACGAUUGUUCCCAGCGGAGUGACGAGCUGGACUGCGUCCGCUUCAGCUGGAACCAGUCCCUGCUGCACGUCUACUCCAGUGCUGAGAGGCAGUGGCUGCCGGUCUGCAGCAGCGCCUGGAACGAGACCUUCUCCGCCAAGACCUGCCGGCAGCUGGGAUUCCAAAACACCUCCCACACAGAGUACGUCCCUCUGUCCUUCUCUGGGAAAAGCCUUGUGGUGGCCGGGAUGCACAAAACCAUCCAGCAGGCUCUCAACAGCUCCCGAUGCCCUAGUGGGAAAUACGUUGCCCUCCGAUGCACUCGCUGCGGGCAAAGGAUGUCUGGCCGCAUCGUUGGAGGCACCGAAACAUCAGCCAGCAAAUGGCCUUGGCAGGUCAGCCUCCAGUAUGGAUCGACCCACAUCUGCGGAGGCACCAUUAUCGAUCCUCUGUGGGUGCUCACAGCUGCCCACUGCUUUUUCAUGAACAGUGAGAAGAUCCUGGAUGAGUGGAAGGUGUAUGCGGGGGGCUCCGACCUCAGCCACCUGACGGAGGCCGUCCCCGUCUCACAGGUCAUCAUCAACUCCAACUACAGCGACGACCACGACGACUACGACAUCGCCCUGAUGAGGCUGGAGAGGCCCCUCGCGCUCUCAGCUCAGGUCCGCCCAGCCUGCCUCCCCAUGUCUGGCCAGAAGUUCCUUCCUGGGAGGACGUGCUCCAUCACUGGCUUUGGGAAGACCAGUGAGAACGACGAGAACACCUCCCCAAAGCUGCGGGAAGCAGAGGUGAGAAUCAUCGACUACAAGCUCUGCAACAGUCAGAAUGUCUACGAGGGCUACCUGACCCCCCGGAUGAUGUGUGCCGGAUACCUGCAAGGCGGGCGAGAUUCCUGCCAGGGUGACAGCGGCGGCCCUCUGGUCUGCCAGGACGGCAGCCGUUGGUACGUGGCCGGAGUCACCAGUUGGGGGACCGGCUGCGGCCAGAGGAACAAGCCUGGGGUCUACACUCGCAUCACAAAGCUGCUCAGCUGGAUCCACAGCAAAAUGGAGAGCCAGAGCAACUGACCAGAGGGAGGCUGCCC